AUGCCACCAGUGACGACCCCUCAUGGCCAUCAUCAUGGUGGCAGUCCCAUCCCGAACCAUGGGACGACAAAUGCGGUAAAUGUGCAGCACCCUUAUGGUUCUGUUGCUCCUCCUGCUGUCUCAUAUAUUGAGAAUCAGAAAGUGGUGACCAUUCGUGGUGAUGUGAGUGUCAACAAGGACAGUCUGAGGGUGGAACCUGACGAGGAGAAUCCUGGACACUUUCUUGUUGCUUUCACAUUUAAUGCAGACACUGAGGGAAGGAAAAGUCUGCUUCGACCUGUUACUAUUCCUUUCCAGCAAGGUCAUGGUCAGAAGUUUAGACAACCUUCUGGAACUGGGAUUGACUUCACAAUGUUUAAAGAGACAGAGUUAGCAAAAGAGAGUGAUAUAGAGGUCUAUCCUUUGGUGGUCAGGGCCGAGGCAUACCCAUUGAAUGAAGGCGAAGCAGAAGGAAAUCCACCUGGAAAUUCUCAAAUCUCCCUGGCAUUGUUUGAGAAAAAAGAGAAGGAUGAACAUCAGCAGGUUCGAGUCAAGAAUCAGAUCCUUUGUGUUAGUGGGAUGAGAUAUGAGCUUCAGGAGAUAUAUGGGAUUGGCAAUUCAGUGGAUGGUGAUUUUGACGGGAAUGAUCCAGGUAUAGAAUGCGUCAUCUGCUUGUCAGAGCCACGAGACACAACUGUGCUUCCAUGCCGGCACAUUGGUUUUGAGGCUCCAGACAAACCGAUGCCCUAUAUGCAGGCAAGGCAACCAGUUGAACGGCUCAUGGAGAUUGAGGCGGACAAUGAACAUAGUGGUAACAGAACAGUAACAUAG